CAAAGCGAUUCCUGCAGUAUAUAUAGUGGUCACAGUCUCCGUACUGCACGUCAUUCAGCAGAGUGAAGUCCAGCCAAACCAAGAAUAUGCUGAGAAUCAUCUCCCUCGCCUGUAUCGUUGCCUCCGUCCUCGGUGACUAUUAUUCUGACUACUACCCUAAACAUUACGGAUACGGCACUGAUGACCACUACCCUAAACAUUACGGAUACAGCCCCUAUGGUCCCUAUGGUAACGUAAGGGGAUUCAACACUGGGUUUAUUGGAGGGGUCGGUACUGGAAGUUUCAACACAGGGUUCCUUGGUAUUGGAGGUGGAUCAGCUGCAGCUAGCGCUGCUGCCGCAGGGAAUGCUGCUGCAGCCGCCGCCGCUGCCGCCGGACAGAAUUCCGCUGCUGCUGCUGCUGCCGCCGCCGCUAAUGGAAACGCUGCCGCUGCCGCUUCUGCUGCCGGUGGAAGCUUAGGCGUUUAUCCAUUCAACUACAUCAAUCCUUGGAGCUACUACUCACCAUACCACUUCAACUUCCCAAGGUUCCCUUACUACAACCCCUACUUCAGCUACCCACGGUUUGGUCUUGGAGGUGGGUCUGCUGCCGCUGGUGCCGCUGCUGCAGGAAAUGGUGCCGCCGCUGCUGCUGCUGCCGCUGCUGGACAGAAUGCAGCCGCUGCUGCUGCUGCCGCUGCUGGACAGAAUGCAGCCGCUGCUGCUGCCGCCGCCGCUGCUAAUGGAAAUGCUGCCGCUUCCGCUGCUGCCGCCGCAGGAGGAUUCGGGGGAUUCAACCACGGCAUCCUUUUUGGAGGAUCUCGACAAAUCUUCGGUAGAAGAUCUAGAAAGGUCUAUUAACCGGAUUUGUUCAACUGACUGUUCUGCUGUGGAUUGGAUUAUUGACCCAUUUUCUAAAUAAAAGCUCAAUAUAAAGCA